GCAUCUUACAUCAGGUACUAUGAAUGAGAACUUUAUAACGGACGGUAGUUGUCUUACAUUGCUACCAGUGGUUGAAAGUGGGCUAGAUGUGGGACCGCAGUAUGACCAGAAUCUUGUCCAAGCGCUUCAGAAUCUUUCAGAUACACAGGUGAAUGACUUUCUGAACGGCAAGCAACCUCUGACUUUGGCGCUACGAUGGGGCAACCACAUGGUGUUUGUACAGCUUCAACUAGCUGCUAGCCCGAAUGGCGGAAAAGGCCAAAUCAAGUGCCCACUGCACCACUCAUCUGCCAGCAGACGGCCUCAUCACUUCAGGAGAAAUAGUUCUGAUCAAGCACCGGCGGCCGUUAAUACACCUCCAUGUCCUCUGCAUCCUCGGUCCAUUCCAAGCUCCCCUCCACCGAGCCCGACAACUACCUCUCCGGCCACCACACAUGCGACGUGUGGCGCAAAGGGUCAGCAAUCGUGGCCUAGGACAGGCGCAUACAUUGACCAAGUGAAUCACUAUGCCCCCGGAGUGUUUUCGGGAACAUUUUCCGGGUCAUUGAAUACGGCUAUGAGCGAUGAGGGCGGCAAACAGAAACGCGACAUCAACACGAUCGCGUGUAUAUUGAAUGAUCUUCUAAAAGCUGCGCCAGUGUACAAACAGCUACUUGAGGGCAGGCCUCGUGCACCAGCUGUACACACUACCAACUCGACCAGCGAUCUGCCAGGUUUCCGAAGAAGAACGAACGAUGAUGUACGGCAGGAAAAACACACAAGAGAUAAAAUGGCGCACCUACAGAUGAUGAUGAAAGAUCGUCAGGAGCGUCGACGUGCUCGUCGCAGUCUACGGUCACCGUACAACACCACCCACCGCUCAAUGGAUCGCCUAGAAGGUAGUAAUCUUGCCGUCUGAAAUGGCUUGCAGCUUUCUCAGCUAGAAAUAGCUGGGUUCGAUUUGACGACUUUUCCAGCAGAUUUCGGCUGCUGAAGCUUGAAGAGAAGCUUCAAGAUUGACGAAUACAUUUCAUGUUGGAGCCUCGGGCUAGAUGCAUCGAAGUAUGUAGCAAGUGUACGGUGUUUUAUUUGAAUGAAAUCACUCUCGUACUGCUGUUUUGAGAACGAUAUUUGUUGGUUGCUAGGGAAUAAGCUAUCGUAGGUUAUAUAACUGAUGAUAUUGAUUUGGGAAAUUUUAUGGAAGCUUAUCGUAUAGAAAUUCUGAAGGAAUGGAGAAUAUGAAAAUAAAUUUUGUUUCUUUAAGAUAAUUUACUGCAACUCUAGUAGUUAAAAUAUAAUGGAGAUUUUGUUUCUGUUUUUUUUUAGCAAAUCUCAGUCUGGAAAAAACUUAUACUUUGACAUAAAUUAAUAGUCUUAGAAUGCUAAAUUUACUUUCAGAAAUUAAUUGCUAUAAAUUGCAUUUUCAUAGCUGACAAUGACUAGAAAUCAGGUAAUGAAUCGAAAAUAUGCAAGAUAUUGAUUAUGAUUUAUAGUAAAAAUGUAUUUUGCUCAAUACGUAGAUCUACAAUAUUUGAGUUUAAUAUCAAUUUUUAAAUAAAUUUUUGCUUGUUUUAGAUCAUAUUAGUCACAUGUAACUGCCGUAGAUUUUACUAAAUUUGAAAAAAAUCAAAAUCGCUUGAUGUGUCGUUAUAAAAAAAAAACAUAUAACAUUUACCAAUUUACCAGUCUUACUAGGUAUAAUUACAAUAGAACAUUACAAUGCGUCAGUUUAAUGCUUAUUGUUAGGUAGACCUAGCAGUAAUUAAUAGAACUGAGCCGGGGUGUGGUCCGGGGUGGCGCUGUUUUAAUUGAUCCAUGGAAAUCCGCCAUUUAUAAUAUAUUCAUUUUUGCUGUUUAUGAAUAGUCUUUUAAAUAAAAUAUACAUUUUAUUUUCAUACUAUAUCAUACAAACCUUCACAUUAUAAUGUAGGCAAUUGUACUUAGCGUCCGUGAAUAUACAGACCUUGAGAAUAGGCCCUAUACAUAUAAUGGUAUAUAAAAUCAAUAAUAAUAAUAAUUAAUAUGAGUACAGGUAUACUUUACAUAUCUUGAGAUGUAUAUAAACAUAUAUAUUUUUGGUAUUUAUUUAUAUAUAUGUUUAUGUAUAUUAUUGAGACUAUAUUAAAUGUCAUAUUAGGCCUCUUUCAUGUUUAUUCCUGAACGUCGAUCCGUACACAGUAUUUGAAUACAGUUGGAAUUUUUCUGUCCGUAUUUAAAUUCCUAGUAUUUCUAGGGUUCUAAUGAAAAAGCUGGAGCAUAUUCUAGUUUCUUCAGUUUAACAUUUUGGUAAAUCAUUUAUCAUUAUCCGCCUUGUACGCCUAGAUAACGACCUAGAGUCUGUAAAUUUUCGGCGAUUUUUGUAGUUGCCGGAUCCAAAAUACAAUCAGAGCCACAUAAAAACGUUUAACCAAUAACCAGUAACCGCUUAAUUAUCAACGAAGUUUUAAAUCUUUAGUUUAUGUAAUUCUUCACUAUUUUGGUGAAAGUUUCCUUUAACCUACUAAACUACCAUGUAGUAGGAUAUAUUUACCGUACAUAAAUUUAGCAUUAAGUUUUAGAAAAUAGUUUUAGAAAAGCCAUAUGAAUAAAAAUCGAUAUUAUCAAUGCAUCUGUAUUUUCGAAGUUUAGCAAUCAAAUUUCAUAUAGGCAUCCUCUUCUUGAUUAUCUGAUGUGCAUUUCCAUUUUGGCGUGCACGUUGUGUAAUUAUUACGAUAUUUAUUGUAUAUGUAUGUUAAUUACUGUAAACAAGUACUAGGCUAACUUUUUGGUGAAGAUUUGUUUACCAUUUUUCAACUUCCACCACGUGACCAAAUUUUGUAAAUAUCUUGAUGAAAAAAAUAAUAAAAAUAAAUAUUUUAGUGAUUUGAAUAUGAAGAUCAUCUUAUGUUAGUGUAAAAAAUUAAUAUUAUGUUAAUGUACAAUUUAUGUUAAUGUAAAAAUUAUACAAUAAAUCGAAGUGAUAAUUCUUUUAGUCUACUGGGUGACGGAAUUGAUUUUGUAGUAACAAUAAAAUAGCGAACGUCAAUUGA